CCAGAAACCCGGAAUUUAGAAGUUUCUCUGCUCUAGUUUUCCGGUGCUUUAUGCAGACGACCGCUCCAGACCCGGCUUCAGUCACUGCCGACCUUCGCCUCCAGGACCCGCAGGAUGGCGAGAGCCUGGGUCUGUGUGGGAGGCGCCGUUUUCUUUCUCUCCUGUCUGGUUUUGCACUGGCGCUUCAGUGACCCUCUGGUUUCAAGGACAAUUGCUUUUUACGUACCCUGGAGAAAGGAGGAUUCUCUUUUCCGGCUGGAUUUGGGUUGGCCCAAGUAUUCGGAGUACUUCACUGGUUCGACCUUUUCUGUUGCGGUUGACUCCCUCAACGGGUUAGUGUAUGUAGCUCAAAGAGGGGAUAACAUCCCCAAGGUAUUAGUGUUCACAGAGGAUGGAUAUUUCCUUCGAUCCUGGAAUUAUACAGUUGACACACCCCAUGGUAUAUUUGUCUCCGGCACACCAUAUGAACAGUCCGUCUGGAUCACAGACGUAGGAAGUGGAGCCUAUGGUCACACGGUUAAAAAAUAUAAUUCCCUGGGUGAUCUUGUUCAAAUCUUGGGUACGCCAGGCAAGAAAGGCACGGGCUUGAACCCGCUGCAGUUUGACAACCCUGCAGAGUUAUAUGUAGACGACACAGGAGAGAUUUACAUUGUGGAUGGAGACGGGGGAUUGAAUAACAGACUAGUCAAACUGUCCCAAGAUUUCAUGAUCCUCUGGCUGCGUGGAGAGAGCGGAGCAGGACCUGCGCAGUUCAACAUACCUCACAGUGUCACACUUGACACAGUCGGUCGGGUGUGGGUUGCAGACCGAGGAAAUAAAAGACUCCAAGUAUUUGAUAAAGACACCGGAGAGUGGUUAGGAGCGUGGGACAGCUGUUUCAUGGAGGAGGGGCCUUCGGCUGUUAGGUUCACCCCGGACGGGAAGUACUUGAUUGUGGCCCAGCUGAACCUCAGUAGGCUGUCAGUUCUGACGGCCCCCCCAUCUGGAGGCAUUGGUGAUUGUUCUGUGAUCAGCAGCAUCCAACUGGCAGAUCAGGUUCUGCCCCAUCUUGUGGAAGUCGACAAAAAGACCGGAGCUGUCUAUGUAGCAGAAAUUGGUGCAAAACAAGUGCAGAAAUACGUCCCAUGGCACAGCCCUACUCCCGCCAUUGGGGCUUAGGGCUUCCGUCCUGGGGGAGCUGCAGGGAGCAGCACAGAGCCCCAGAGUCAUUGUGUUUAGUCACUGAGGCACAGGGCCGUUUGGUACCUCUUCCACCAGAGAAGUGUGUCUUCUUGAGGUUCCUGGGACUUAGUUUUACAACUAAGAGUUUUUUGUUUCUUUUUUUCUUUUCCUCUUUGAGGGUCAUGGAUGUUGAACUCUGGGCCUCGUGCAUGCUGGGCUGCCACCCUAGCCUGAGCUGCAUCUUUGCGUAAACAGCUUUUAAAGAAAGAAAUGCAAUCCCGAAAUGGGGUUGUGAAGGGGAACUGUGAUUGCAGCCGAGUUAUUUGCUCAGGCUGAUUGACUCUCUGGGCUUUUAGGAUAGCCUUUUGAUUUCAUGUGAAGAACUGGACACUACUGGUUUGUUUAACGUCUGUAAAAUGGUCU